AUUUUCCCGCUAAAAUGUGACAUCACCCACUUCACUCCUAUUUGUUUUUCAACCAUAAUGGCCGUUAAUAAGCGGUAAACUUAGCAACAAAAAAGUUGUUUUUAAUCAAAAAAGAAAGUGUCAAAGAUAUUAUUACAUUUUUAUUUAAAUUCAAAGUAAAAUGAAACGUUUCAUACACAAGAUGAAAAUUUUCCUUGAUAAACAACCCUCGAACACAGCUUCGAUGUCGAGAAAACUUAUGCUGCAAUACACGAACGUAUUCAAAGAGAAACCCGCUUUAGGUCUUGGAUCAAGAAUUACCGAAGCGGUUUUGAAACCGGAAUUUUCUCCGACGAUAAGAAAAAGCCACUUUUUACAAUCACUUUUCAUCCCGAAUCCGAAUAACAAGUUUAUCCAACCUCACAAUUAUUUCAGCACAACCAACGUGUACAAAUCAAAACAUUUUCUCGAUUUCCCUUCGAACCCCAUUCGCACUUUAAGAUUUCCUUUGAUGAAUUUUCCGAAUCAAAGGGUGUUUUUAACGAACAGUACGCUAGAAAGAAACAAUAACUCGGGAUUGUUGAGAUCGUUUCGUUUGGGAUCGAGCAACGAAUCGAUGAUGAAAACCCGUUUCAGCCAGAUGUGCUCUCAUCAGCCGGUUUCUUCGCCACCAACACACCGAUCUCAACGAUUACUUAUGGGCAAAUUAUUACCGUUUAAGAACAAAACGAAAAACGAGUUGGAUUUGAAAUGUUUUAAACCGAAAUUACCCCGAUUUGACUCCAAAAACCAGGCACGAAGUGGAAGUGCAAGUAGCUAUAGGAGUCUCAGUCAGGCUCGUAAUAAGCCGGCCGACGGAAGUGUCGGGCAAAAGAAUUUGGGAGGACCCAGGACUCCGACGCACGGCGCCAACAAGCAAAAUAAAAAUCAUGGGAAAUCGUUGCAAAAGCUGCCCCAAGCGCAACAAAAGGGGCAACCGAUUAAACAAGCCCCCGCUAAAGCCGCCGUCACCGCCGCCGUUGCCACCGUUCCGAUCAAGAACAACAAAAAAUCGAAAAAGGGGAAGCACAAUCAACACGAUCUCAUCGUUACGAUUAAUUUGUCCGAGUAUGGUUUAUCCGAAGACCAAGUUGCAGAAUUCAAAGAAGCUUUUAUGUUGUUCGAUAAAGACGAAGAUGGCACAAUCACCAUGGCCGAGUUAGGCGUUGUGAUGAGAUCCCUCGGUCAAAGACCAACCGAAACGGAACUUCGUGACAUGGUAAACGAAGUCGAUCAAGAUGGGAACGGCACGAUUGAAUUCAACGAAUUCCUUCAAAUGAUGUCGAAAAAGAUGAAAGAUGCCGAUGGAGAAGAAGAACUCCGCGAGGCUUUUCGCGUUUUCGACAAAAACAACGAUGGGUUAAUAUCUUCGAAUGAAUUGAGACACGUUAUGACUAGUUUGGGGGAACGCUUGUCGGAGGAGGAAGUUGAAGAUAUGAUUAAGGAGGCCGAUAUCGACGGAGAUGGGCAAGUUAAUUACGAAGAAUUUGUUACUAUUUUAACAGCUAAAAAUUAGUUGGUUUGAAGAAAAUAAUGGAAAAUAAAUUAUAUGUGUAAUAAAAAUGUAUUCCGCAGCACAUCGCUUAAACAAUUAUAAAUAUAUAAAAGAAGUUCGAUUCAUUAUAAAUAUUACCAAAUAAGUUAUUGAAUUUACGUAAA